CCCGCGCUUAGGCUCCUGGGAUUUGUAGUUCGCGGAGGAAGACGCCGGUUUCGGGGGUCGGGACCAUGGCGGUGACCAAGGAGUUGUUGCAAAUGGAUCUGUACGCGCUUCUGGGAAUCGGAGAGAAGGCAGCAGACAAGGAGGUAAAGAAGGCAUACCGACAAAAGGCCCUCACUUGCCAUCCGGACAAAAAUCCAGAUAAUCCCCAAGCAGCUGAGCUCUUCCACCAGCUUUCUCAGGCUUUGGAGGUUCUGACGGAUGCUGCAGCCCGGGCAGCGUAUGACAAGGUCAGGAAAGCCAGGAAGCAAGCCGCCGAGAGGACUCAGAAACUUGAUGAGAGAAGAAAGAAAGUAAAGCUCGAUCUUGAGGCCCGGGAGAGACAAGCCCAAGCCCAAGGGAGUGAGGUAGAGGAGGACAGUCGAAGUACCAGGACAUUAGAACAAGAGAUUGCACGCCUACGAGAAGAAGGCUCCCGGCAGCUGGAAGAACAGCAGAGGCUGAUCCAGGAGCAGAUACGUCAAGAUCGGGAACAGAGAUUAAGAGGAAAGACAGAAAAUCUUGAAGGCAAAGGAACUCCCAAACUGAAGCUAAAAUGGAAGUGUAAAAAAGAAGAUGAGACCAAAGGAGGUUACUCUAAGGAUGUCCUCCUGAGGAUUCUACAGAAGUAUGGUGAAGUGCUCAACCUGGUCAUCUCCAGUAAGAAGACAGGGAGUGCUGUGGUAGAGUUUGCUUCUGUCAAGGCUGCGGUAUUGGCCGUCAAGAAUGAAGUGGGUCUCGUCAACAACCCUCUGAAGAUCUCCUGGUUGGAGGGUCAGCCACAAGGAACAGUGAGCAGUGAUGGCACGAGCCACUCAGGACUAUCACAGGGCUCCGUGCUGUCAGAGAGGGACUACGAGAGCCUUGUCAUGAUGCGCAUGCGUCAGGCAGCGGAGCGGCAGCAGCUGAUCGAGCAGAUGCAGAGGGAGGACGAGGAGGCCAUGCCCACAUAGCCCCCAGAACCCAGCCCCUCUUCCCUUCUUCAUCCCUCCUCCUCCCUUUUCUUAAAUUAAUACCUACAAUAAAUUUUUUUAGAAAGUGA